AUGACUCGGCGCGAGUUCAGGGAUGUCUCUUUCGGUGUAUUUGGGCGCGAUCCUGGGGCGGGCCCUCAGUUUCUGGCAUUUGAUCGAAGCUUGAGACACAACUCCGACGGUGGUGGUUCGAAUUCAGUACAAGAACCACGGCACCGUUCCUCGGACCUCAACUCUGGCGACGCUCUUGGUGUGGUACAACAGACGGCCUUUAAUUUAUUUCAAGCGAACAAGCCGCCACCAGACCCGUCCCGAACACAACCACCCAUUCCCAUUCCCAUCAAACCGCGCCCAGCCCCAGGCCCUCUCGCGUACCUCGACAAUGGCGGGAACACGGAGGAACAGACGCACCUGCCCAACGAGACGCAUCUCUCUGGACCCGUCGACUCGCCACCGACUGAGUCUUCCGGGAAGCGCACGAGCACCACGACCUCCAAAUCGAACCGGCGUUGCCACAAGGGCGCAAAAGGUGAUGGGAUCGAGGCGCAUGGUCCGCUCCCCUCACUUCCGCACCCGAUCGUACCCUCCCACCAAGCGAUGCCCUCUCCCCACCUCCGUCGGUCGUCGUAUCUAGCACACAGAUCACAACGCACUCAUCGUCGCGGCGAUGGUGGCCCCAUUGACCUGGACUCGGACCUGCGUCGUCUCACGCCACAAGAGGGUGAUUUCGGGCGGCGACGUCUCCAGGACAAACAGCAAAUCCUCGUCGACACAUUGAAGCAGCUCAAGGUUAUCGAAGAGGAAUUGGCACAACGGGGUAAACACGCCUCGCUCCGCGUCUCCGAGAGCAACACGGCCGACUGUGCCUCUGCUCCUCAGCAUAGCUUGACGAUGGGAUCAGCGCAGAACGGCGCCAGCAACAAUCCAUGGACGAGGCUGCGGCAUUUCAGCACUACCGCAGUCUACCCCACCUUCAGCGAACGCCAACGCCACGGCGGCUUCCUUCCCGCUGAAGGUUUUGUUUCACAGUACGGGCAACCAAGGCACUCCAGUAUGGCCUCUCCCAUCCCGCCGACCGUGCAGGAUCAGCGUCCCCUGGAUAUUCGAAGCAUGGACGUGCAGAACGCACCUCCACCGGGACCUCCCUCUCACAAUGUCCGCGCCUUCGUCGAGGUUGAGAUGGAGGCGACUCCCAUUCCACCAGCGCCGCGUCGCCAAGCGCAUGCUCACGCCACUGUUGACGGUGGGAUCGUUACCGCGACAUCCUCGUCUACAUCCCACGGCAAUCCCGCUCCGCCCUUCUAUCCAGGACAGGCUGGAUUCGGCGGGCAGGGGGACGUCGUGUGGGCCGGUACUCUUCCCGUAUGCUCAGUCUCCGAAUUAGCGACCGUCCAGCCCGCCAGCACCAGGCGUGGCAGACUCGGCGAAAUCCUCGGCGCCGGUGCUCUGGAAGCCGAAUGUUUCUUUGACGAAGCGCGUGCUAUACCCUGCGACGCGUCCGUCGUGAAUAUUGGUCUGGAGUUGCAGCCGGGAUAUGAGGGCACAUACGAUGUACUGCCUCCCUCGCAUGCGUCGCACCCGCCAGUGACCUUUGAGCCGCCUUGGGAUUCGCUCUCGUCAACUUCCCUGCCUACUAGUAUCCCAGAUUCGAGAUCCAUUAUCGCGCCCUUUGAGGGGCCUCGAAUGCGAGUGAGCACGUACUCAUCCUUGGAUGGUGCAGUGUCCGCAUCUACCCCGUCAUCCUCUACUACCCAUAUCUCCUAUCCUAUCUGA